AUGGCUCAACACGGCUUUAAUCAGUUUAGCAACGGUCACAGCGGGGCGAGCAUCGACCCAAAUGAUCUCGCCAUGUCUGGUGGCUACUCUCCCUCCUUCAACAACAACUUCAACUCUAACUCUGGGAACGGCACCAACGGCUUCACGAAUAGCUCCGCCAUGUUUAACGAUGACGAGCUGCUUGAUGGCCUCAACGGGCCUCCCGUCACCCAGUCUGGCAUGACAGGGGGCCAGGACUUCCAAGGAUUAAACAUGGGUGGCUUUUCACAAAAUGCAUUCUCCCACCGUAAUUCCGGCUUGCAAAUCGACCAGUCCCAUAUGAACGGCUACUCAAGUACCCCCGAUGGAGAUCCCAUCCAAAGCCCCUUCAACACUGGUUUCAACACUCAGUACCGACAAAUGCAAGGUCACUCCCUUGGUACCUCCCUACAUUCGCCGUUGUCGUAUUCCGAGUCUCCUCUAGCUGGCGCCAUGAAUGCUGACAGCAACGACCCCAACUUCCUCAAGGCCAGAGCUCGAAUGUCCCAGCAGAUGCAGCGAAAAACUUCCAACAAUAGCCGUAGUCCCAUGUCUCCAAUGACCCCAAAGACCGCUACCCUUCAUGGGAUGACAAUUGGAUCGCAAGAGUCGCCCGGUUUCGGCGGUCAAGCCAUGAAGCCAGCCAAUGGCCAGUGGCUCAACACCCCUGCUGGAAGCAUCCCUGCUUCUUACAACUCAGGCUUCUCCUCCCCCAUGCAGCCAGGCAUGAACCAGAUCAGUGAGGUCAUGAUGAAAGGUGGCACCUCGAUGCCUGCCAAGCUUGGUGUCGCUUCAAACGCUGUUUCGUCUCAGGAGAUGAAGAGAAAACGCCGUCGAGAGUCUCACAAUCUCGUCGAGCGUCGUCGACGAGACAACAUUAACGAGAGGAUCCAAGAUCUUAGCAGGCUUGUUCCCACACAUCGUCUGGAGGAUGAGAAAAUCCGAAAGCUGAUCCAGAACGGCACGCCCUUGUCACCUUCGUUGACAGGAAUCUCUAGCCCUCAGGCGACCUCGGGGCUUGCUGGACCAGGCGCUCGAAGAGCCACUGGAGCCACUGCGGGCAACAUCACAACAGGUCUUCCCAUUGAAGACAAGGACAAGGGACCUAACAAAGGCGAUAUCCUGAACGGUGCUGUCAGCUGGACCCGGGAUCUCAUGUGGAUGCUCCAUCUCAAGCUUCAACAGCAAGAGGAGAUGAUGAACACUAUCGCUGAACUUGGUGGUCACUUCCCCUUUGAGAUGACAGAGGAUGAGCGACGCAUGCAGACGGAGCUGAUGGAUGCUUUCAACAAGAGUGAGAAUGGCACUUUCUCAUACUCUCGCACAUCCGGAACUGGUCUGCGGGUGCCUCAUCAUACUGAUUAUCGCGGCGAGUCCCUGUCGGGUGGCGGUGGUAGCCUCGACCCUGUUGCCAUCAGCCCAGAUGAUAACCUCGACCUGAACGAUACAAAUCAGUUCUGGCAUGACCCCGAUGACAACAACAGUGGCCAUGCUUCCGUCAAUUUCAAGGAGGAAGACGAGUACGGCAUGGAUCUCACGCAGUAA